AUGGCGUUCGCAUCCUCCGUUGAGACUCUGCGGCCAUGCAUGGGGCCCGUGUCUCCCGUAUCUCCCCCAACAGCCACGGCCCCCAAGAGGCGCCCUGGAAGCGCCGGCCCCAGCUCCAUCAAAGACCGCACCGUAGUCGUCUUUGACUGGGACGACACGCUGUGUCCCAGCUCCUGGCUGCACGCGCAGGAUCUGCUACCGAAGUACCGCGGACACCAGAUCUCCGUCACACCUGAACAGCGCGAGGUACUCACGCUCAUCGGCGCGCACGUCGCGCGUCUAUUACAGAAGGCGGUAGCGUACGGUCCUGUGUUCGUCGUGACUGCAGCCGAGUACGGCUGGGUCGAAAUGUCCGCCGCGCUGUACAUGCCGGCCGUACAGAGCGUGCUGGCGCUUUCCGACGUACACAUCGUGUCCGCGCGCAGCUGGUACGAACAGAACUUUGGUCUCGGCGGCGACUCGGCGACCUGGAAGCAGGAGGUCAUGCAGCUUAUUGCGCGCAAGUGCUUUGCAGCCGCAGCGCAGGACACGAGCUCACGAACAUACAGGGAACCCGUUGGCCCACAGGAUGCCUACUUUAACUUCCUCUCGAUCGGCGACUCGAUGGCAGAACGGGACGCAUGUUUCGCAGCCGUCCAGAACGUAUGUCGCACGUUCGCUAAAACGCUCAAGUUUGUCGAGCACCCGAACGCUGAGGAGGUGCUGCAGCAGGUGGAACUCACGCACGACUCGUUCGAGCAAAUGUGCGGCUGGGAUAAUAACCUCGACCUGCGGCUGUCCCGCGCGCAGUUAGCUGAACUGCGCGGAUCGCCUAUUUAA